AUGGGAAGUAACUCUGACCAGACCUAUGAAACUACAGAUUCAACGAAAAGAUGGGUAUUGAUUACAUUUGUUAACAUGAUGUUAUGUGCAGGAAUAGCAAAGUCUUGGGACCAAAAUGCAUAUUUGCAACUGACCGCAAACAUAUCCAAAACUUUUAAUCUGUCAAAUUGUUGGUUAUGUACAGCUCUUCCCAGAGGUAAUAUGGAAAUGCCCAUGUUUGCAGUGGCAUCUACAAAUUGGAUGUGGGGACCAGAGGUGUGGAUAACUCCAACAGGAGGCGAUCACUGUAAAUUUGGAAAAGAAGUCAUAGUUGGAAAAGGGCCAAAAUUUGAUUUGAUAAUAUUAGAACCUAAACUACUUUUUGUAGAGCAAAACAGUACAGGAGAAAAUGUAGGAUUUAGGAAUAUUAGCAGAAUGGGUUGCAGUUGGAGUUCUGAUAAUCCAGGAGAACUAUCCGGUAUCAAUUAUACAUGGGCACAAGGAGAAAACUGUAAUUCAUCAAAACUUGAUCUUGUGAGUGCAGGAUUAGCCCUGCAAAUUCAGUCAUAUUACAAGUUACCCUAUGGAUAUUGGUGGCUCUGUGGAGAUGGAUAUGCUAGAAAAACUUUACCACAAAACUGGACAGGCACUUGUAUAGCAGGGUAUCUAACUCCACAAAACACUAUCCAUAAAGAACUGAAAGGAAUCCUAAGAACUCCUUGGAUACAAACCAAGAGAAAUUAUAAAUUUCAGAAUUUUAUGAGGUGGGUUUUUCCUAUGUUAGGAGCUAGUGAACUUGAAAAGGCAAUAGUUAAUAUCUCAGCAGAAAUGGAAAUCAUAACUAAUCACACUGCAGAGGCCCUCACAGCUAUCCAAGCUGAAGUGACAUCAUUGAGCAAAAUGGUCUUACAAAAUCAAAGGUUUACUGCACAAAUGGGAGGAGUAUGUACCUUAAUAAAUACAAAUUGCUGCACCUACACUGACCAAUCAGGAAAGGUGACAGAAGAAGAUGAAAUCUGGAAACAAACCAAGGUUUUACACGAAGCAGCACAAGGUAGUACCUCUUUUGGUUUUACUGAACUUUGGGAAAAGCUUACGUCUUGGUUACCUAACUUUGCUUGGCUUAGACAAUUGUUUGCUUUGUUAGUUGCUUAA